UUAGGAGCCCAGUGUUUUGAUAAAACGUAAUUGGACUUGUUUGGGCAUGACUGGCACGACGCCACAAUGAGCUCACUUCUGUCUUCUGCGACCGCGUCUGCACUGGAGUUGUGUUUGAUAUGGACAUUGUUCACUACAUCUUUAACAACAGCCGAAGCAGGGCAGGAACACAGGCCUUCUGAAGACUGUCCACUCGGUCACUUUCCAUGUGGCAAUGUGAGCAUCUGUCUGCCACAGGUUCUGCACUGCAAUGGCCAGAAAGACUGUCCCAAUGGAGCUGACGAGGACAACUGUGGGGAUAACAGUGGCUGGGCUGACCUCUUCGACCGGACAUUUAAACGGGGUUAUCUUCAAGAGCUUGCCACUGACUGCCAAGUGGAGCAGUAUCCUGAUGUGUGCCGCUGCAUUAACACUGAGAUCCACUGCGUGCAUGUCAGCUUGAGAGCCAUUCCACAGGUGUCAGCGAAUGUAACCUCCCUGUCAUUGAAGAGCAACAAGAUUCGAACACUACCUGAUGAAGCCUUCAUCAAAUAUAUAAAACUGCAAAGGCUGUUUCUCCAGGAUAAUUGCAUCAACACUGUUUCCGUUCAGGCAUUCAGUGGACUGUAUAAGCUACAAAAACUAUCUUUAAGCCAUAACCGCAUCUCCUUGCUUUCCCCCGGAGUGUUUAGAGAUCUUCGGAAACUCAAGUGGUUGAUUUUGGACGACAAUCCCAUAACAACAAUUGCAGCCAACACAUUUACUGGCCUGAGCUCCCUCUUCUUCCUGUCAAUGGUGAACACUUCUUUAGAAGCGCUUCCUUCUGCCAGACUCUGUUCCCAUAUGCCCUUUCUCAGCUGGCUGGAUUUCGAGGGGAAUGGCAUCACGACUUUGGGCUUGUCAACUUUGCUAGACUGUGAACAUCUGACUGUGCUGUCACUGCGAGCCAAUCUUAUCAAGAGUUUGCCAGAAAACACCUUCCAAUCACUGCGCAUGAUGGGGGACCUGGAUCUGUCCAAUAAUUUGAUAAAGGAACUGCCAGUCAGAAUAUUCAAGGAUUUACGCUCAUUGCAAAGUCUAAAUCUGUCCCAAAACCCACUGGACCACAUCCACCCUGGCCAAUUUAAUCAUCUAAUUCAGCUCCAGUCUCUUGGCCUGGAGGGAGUGGAGAUCCCAAAUAUCCAGACGAGCAUGUUCCGGCCCAUGGAGAACCUCUCCUACAUAUACUUCAAGAAGUUCCAGUACUGUUCUUACGCCCCUCAUGUCCGGAAGUGCAAACCCAACUCAGACGGCCUAUCAUCUUUUGAGGAUCUGCUUGCUAAUGUGGUCCUUCGUGUGUCAGUGUGGGUCAUGGCUUUUAUCACCUGCUUUGGGAACCUCUUUGUCAUCGGGAUGAGGACAGCCCUGCGGGCUGAGAACAACCUGCAUGCCUUCUGCAUCAAGAUUUUGUGCUGUGCAGAUUGCCUAAUGGGGGUCUAUCUGUUUUUUGUGGGGAUCUUUGAUGUGAAGUUUCGUGGCGAGUACAAUAAGAAUGCCAAGGUUUGGAUGGAGAGUCUGGAGUGUCGGACCAUCGGGUUCCUGGCCAUGCUUUCCUCUGAGGUUUCCGUCAUGCUGCUCACUUACUUGACCCUGGAGAAAUUCCUGGUCAUCGUUUUUCCCUUCAGCCACCUGCGGCCGAGCAAGUGCCAAACAUUCACCGUCCUGGCCUUGAUAUGGCUGCUGGGCAUCUCUAUAGCAGCCGUGCCUCUGCUUAAUGAGGAUACGUUUGGGAAUUACUAUGGACUCAAUGGAGUGUGUUUCCCUCUUCACUCAGAGCGUCUGGAGAAGCCCGUCGCAAAGGGAUACUCAACUGGGAUUUUUCUUGGACUUAACCUGGUGGCCUUCCUCAUCAUCGUGGUCUCGUACUCCAGCAUGUUUUACUCCAUCUAUAAGACGGGAAUCAGAGCCACAGAACUGCCGGGUCGACUGCACAGAGACGUGGCCAUGGCACACCGCUUCUUCUUCAUUGUGUUUUCUGAUGCCCUCUGCUGGAUUCCCAUAUUCAUGGUCAAAAUCCUCUCUCUGCUGGAGGUCGAGAUACCAGGAACCAUCACGUCUUGGGUGGUGAUCUUCAUCCUCCCCAUCAACAGUGCCUUAAACCCCAUCCUUUACACACUGACCACCAGUUUCUUCAGAGAACAGGUGGAACAUUUAUGGGGCCACUGGCAGAGGCAACCAAGACUCAAACAGGGCUGCAAAAGCCUGACCAGCUCUGUCAUUUACAUAGACCCCUCGAGGCCUUCGUUCUACCACCGCAGCUACAUCCCACACUCCUCAAUCUUAGACAUUGAUGCCAGUUACAGAUGAAGAUACUGUAUGCUAUCAUAUCAUGGCUAUUGCAUUAAUCUGUAGUGGAUCUACAGAGUUUCCGAAGUGCUGGAAAUCCUAAACAUGAAGUCCUGGUGAAGCCUUUUUGAUAAUAAAGAUGUAAAAUCUUCACGGACAGUGAUUGGAUGCCAUGUUGAAGGCCUACUUUGGAUGUUAGGGUUGGACGAUGAUGAUUAAAGUGCAUACGCUGAUAUUGUGCUUUUACAGAAUAUCACAAACAGCCUCUAUAAAUAUCUGAAUCUGAUAUAACUAUGCUGGACGAUAGGUGUUCAGAUUAUUAUCUGAGGAUUGCAAGGGGUUUAAUGUCUUUUGAAUUCCACUUUUUUUUUCCAAAUAGGCUCAUUUUACAUUUACGAAGAUAUCUAGGAACUAUACUAUCAUUAUGGCGUAACUUUGCUGCUGUACCAUGGCUGAAGCAGGCACAAU